AUGAAGAGCGACUUCGACGAUGAGCUCUCCUUCUCCGCAGCCUUUCCUCUCCCCUUCCGCGUCCUCUUCCUCGUCGCCCUAGGCAUCCUCGGCUGGGCCGCGAACCUCCACGGCCUCCACCUCUGGGGCAUCGACGCCGCCGGCGUGCUCGACCUGAGCCCGUACGAGACCGGGUCAGGCGGCGCGUACCGCCUCACGUCCCCGCUGCCCACCGCGGAGCGCCGCAAGGCCGCCCCGUCCUCGUCCUCGUCCUCGUCUCCGUCCGGUGGGGGCGCGCCGCACCACCUCCCCGUCUACCGGCUCGCGGGCUGGUUCGCGGGGUGGGCGGGCGGCGCGUGGGCGCUGUACGCGUACGCGACGGGCGCGGGCGCGGUGGACGCGGUGGACGCGUACAAGUUCGUGCCGGGCGUCGCGGCGCUCGUCGCGCUCACCGCGCUCGCGUGCCCGCUGCGGGUGCUGCACAAGGCGCAGCGGGACAAGUUCUUGACCGCGAUACACCGAUGCGUAUUCCCAUCACCACACGGGGUCUACUUCUCCGACGUCGUGUUCGCCGAUAUCUUGACCUCCUUCGCCAAGGUCCUCGGGGACGUUUGGCUCUCUGUAUAUAUGCUGCUUCCCGGCGGCAGCUUGCUCGCGCAGCCCGCCCAAGACGGCCUGACGCGCUGGGUUCUGCCUACGAUCAUGAGUCUACCCUACGCCAUUCGCUUACGACAAUGCCUCGUGGAGUACAAUUCUCCCAGCAACACUAGCCGUCGCCCUCUCUAUAAUGCCCUCAAAUAUGCGUCUUCUUUCCCCGUUAUCUUUCUUUCUGCCGCUCAGCGCAUCGUGGCCGCUGAUGAGGCAUGGCAUGGGGAGCACCAUCUCUUCCGUCUAUGGCUUCUCGCAGCCGCAGUCAACUCUUUAUACUCGUUCUGGUGGGACCGCAGCGGAGCAGCGUCGCCGGACGUAUCCGUACGGCUGCGCCCGACGCUGCUCUACCCGCUCGCCGUCUACCCGCUCGCGAUACUCGUCGACCUCAUUUUGCGGUUGACGUGGUCCGCAAGCUGGCGACCUGAUCAUUUAUGGAUCGAGCUCGCCGAGGUCGUCCGCCGCUGGAUGUGGGUCUUCCUCCGCGUCGAAUGGGAGACCGUCAAGGAGGCGCGCCCGACCCGGUCGCCCCCGCCCGGGCCCCGGUCCGCGGGGCUUGCGGCCGAUCCGAGCGAGGGUGAGGCGAUCGCGUUGGAGUGCAGGGAGUCUUACCGAGACCCGAUCUUCGAGACGGACGAGUUCGAGGCGGUGCCUUCGGAGAGGAUAGGACCUAAGUAA